GAGGCAGCUCAAUUCUAUGCAGCAAGCGCUUACACAAUGACAGAUAAGAGAAGAAUAAAUGGACCUCCUGGAGGUACUCAGCCUCCCGUUUUUUUGUCCCCAUUAUCAGCUGAGAAUCAAAAAUCAAUAGCUGAGAGGCCCAUCCGCUCACGGAAGGCUGCUGAGCUCAGAAAAAUAUUUCUGAAAAGUGGUGUUAUCCCUUCGGCGUCAGGAUCCGCAUAUCUGGAGCUGCAGCCCUCCAAUGAUCCCGCAUACAAGUCCAGAACCCUCAUCCCACCCUCUUCGUCUCUGAAGCUCGUAUGUACGGUCCACGGCCCUAGGCCUCUUCCACGUUCUGCACCAUUCUCUCCCAACCUUCUUUUGUCAACCCACGUUAAAUUUGCACCGUUCGCUGGUAGAAGACGGAGGGGUUAUAUACGCGACAUGUAUGAGAGAGAUUUAGCGGUCCACCUUGAAACCGCCCUUGGGGGAAUGAUUAUUGGAGAUCGAUGGCCCAAGAGCGGUCUGGAUGUGACCGUAAACAUUUUGGAGGGAGAAGAUGAUCGAUGGUGGGGCGAUUCACUCUCCUCUGGGCCACUGGGUGGAGUUGACGGUUGGGGAUCAAUGAACGUUCUUGCAAGCUGUAUAACAGUUGCUUCAGCGGCAAUCGUCGAUGCUAGGAUUGAUUGCUUGGAUUUGCUCGCCGGAGGUGUGGCUGCUAUUGUGGAAGAGAAAGAUCGCAUGAGCCAGGAUACCAACUCGAAGGAACAAGGGAGAUAUUUGGUGCUGGACCCCGACCCGUCUGAACAUAGGGACAUUGCAUCCCUUUGCAUAGUCGGAUACAUGCCAUCUCGGGACGAAAUAACUGAGGUUUGGCUUAAAGGAGACGUGUCUGGUGUUGGUUACGACUCCCUUAUGGAUGGUGCUGUCGAAGCUGCUCGAGCUGCGCAGGCUAUUGUUUUAGAAGCAGCAAAAGAGUCAGCACAACGAUUUGCUAAUUUACCAACGAAAAACCUUUUGGAUGAUAAUGAGGAUCAAAAUAUGCAGUUAUGAAAUGAAUGCACACCACCUUCGCAGGCCCGAAUCGUUCACAACCUUGAUAAUACUAUUACAGCAUGUCUCUGCUAUCUUCUUAGUACAGCAACAUGUUGGCCCUUUCUGUUGUUUUCUACAUUCUUACUUGGCUUAUUUUGGUAUUAAGUAGUCCUCAGUUGUUAGGUUCUGCUCUUCGCCAAUCUGCAGCCGUGAGUGAGACAUACCAAUGUAAUGCUGAUAUUGCACACAAGUACAAUGUCAGUUUCUCCGCUUGUCA